AUGAGCAGACUUGUUUCCGAAGCGCAAGCUCUCCGCCAUCGUUUGGAGCCAUCCAAGGCGUUGCAAGAAAAAUUGCUAGACGCUGUCGCUACCGCCAGCGUCAAUAUAGAGCUCCUGCAGACCCGCGGCGAGCUAUCUCCAGACUUGAUGCCGGGACAAGCCAAGAAGAGACAACUUAAUGAUGGAUCCGAUAUCGAUUAUUUGCUCGCAAAGAAACCCCGAGUGACGCAGACGAGGGAACAAUUGACUAGCGGCCAACCAGCUGAGCAAAUGACCAUUGCUCAACUACUAACAGAGGAAUUUGUUUCAACGACUUUACAACAACCAAAAUCUACCGCUUUCAACCCCCAAUUCUCGGGGAUUAUGAAAGGUUUCCUGAACCCUGUCAAACCCAGUCUAUGUCCCGAGUCUGUCCACGCCUAUAUUUCCAAGUGGCUUGAGUCAAUAUCCAUUGAUGCGGAUCAAGACAAGUGGUGUCAGUCGGAUAGCCAACGCAGCCAUUCAAACGACGAUUCUGAUUCAGAGGAGCUCAUAAACCCAGCGCUGUAUAAACACGCUGAUCUCAAUACCGAUGGAGUCGCUAUCUCGCCAACAUCACAGCUAUCCUGCUCCCCGAAAGACCACAUGGAGGCAGGAUCUCAACGCAGCUCGCCUGUCGCCGUGCAUGCAUCCUUGCCUCCCGAAUUAGUGGCGGUGGAUGCUCCUACUACACAAACUCCAAUGAAGCUCGAUAAUGCGCUGUAUGGGAAGGGGGUAUUGGGCUCAACCAGCAUGUUCAUGCGCUCUGGCGGAGAGAACUUCCCCGAUAACAAAAACUGA